AUGGUUGUACAGAGUCACAAGAGCAACAACAAUGUUCAUGUUUUAGUAAUCCCAUACCCAGCACAAGGACACAUAAGUCCUUUGAUUCAAUUUGCAAAACGAUUACUCUCGAAAAACAUCAAAACCACAUUCGCAACAACUCACUACACCGUUCAAUCCAUCACCGCACAAAACAUCACCGUCGAACCAAUCUCCGACGGUUUCGACCAAUCCGGUUUCUCACAAGCCAACGAUGUCCAACUCUUUCUCACUUCAUUCGAAUCCAACGGUUCUAAAACACUCUCCAACCUCAUUCUAAAACACCAGAAAACUUCCACUCCAAUCACGUGCAUUGUGUACGAUUCUUUCCUACCUUGGGCACUUGAUGUUGCUAAGAAACAUGGGAUUUACGGUGCUGCUUUUUUCACUAAUUCGGCUGCUGUUUGUAACAUUUUCUGUCGUAUACAUCAUGGUUUGAUUCAAUUUCCUGUUGAUGAUUUGCCUUUGAUUGUUCCUGGUCUUCGUCCUUUGAAUUCUAGAGAUCUUCCAAGUUUUAUAAGGUUUCCGGAAAGUUACCCUGCUUAUAUGGCUAUGAAAUUGAGUCAAUUCUCUAAUCUCAAUCUUGCUGAUUGGACGUUUGUUAACACCUUUCAAGCCUUAGAAGGAGAGGUGGUGAAAGGGCUAACUGAACUAUUUCCUGCAAAGUUAAUUGGUCCAAUGGUUCCUUCUUAUUACUUAGAUGGUAGAAUCAAAGGAGACAAAGGUUAUGGAGCAAGUUUAUGGAAGCCAUUAAGUGAAGAUUGUAUCAAUUGGUUAGAAACAAAACCAUCUAAAUCAGUAGCAUAUGUCUCUUUUGGAAGCAUGGUUUCUUUAACAUUAGAACAAAUGGAAGAAAUAGCUUGGGGGUUAAAACAAAGUGAAGUAAAUUUCUUAUGGGUUUUAAGAGAAUCAGAGCAAGGAAAAUUACCAAAAGGGUUUAAAGAAUUGAUAAAGGAAAAGGGUAUAAUUGUAACAUGGUGUAACCAGCUAGAGUUAUUGGCACAUGAUGCUGUUGGUUGUUUUGUGACACAUUGUGGUUGGAAUUCAACACUCGAGAGUCUAAGUCUUGGUGUUCCUGUUGUGUGUUUGCCACAAUGGGCUGAUCAAUUACCUGAUGCUAAAUUUUUGGAGGAGAUUUGGGAAGUUGGUGUGAGGCCAAAAGAAGAUGAGAAUGGUGUUGUAAAGAGAGGUGAAUUUAUUGAGAGUUUGAAGGUGGUGAUGAAAGGUGAGAAAAGUGAAGUUAUUAGAAGGAAUGUGAGGGGAUGGAAGAAGUUAGCUAGGGAAGCUGUUAGUGAAGGGGGUAGUUCUGAUAAGAAUAUCAAUGAUUUUGUGGAUCAAUUGAUGAAGAAAGAUAGAAAUGGAAAUUUAAGUGGUUACUAG